GCGCGGCCAAUGCAGUGGGAAAAACUGAGAGUAGUGAUAAGGCAUAUACGAGAGGAAAUGAAAGCUAUGAAGGGAUAUACAGAGGCACAAACUUAUCGUGAUGGGGGCGCGUUCUUGUACUUGUGGGAGAGCUGGCAGCGAUGCGGGGAAGGGUUGAGAUUACAGUACAAGGAGAUUGAUUUUGAGCGUGGGAUAGCGGGGCCUGGAAUUACAAAGACUGAUCGGCAAGGCAGUUGGUUUAUGAUACGGUUGCGGGAUCCAAUGAGUGAGGAGGAAACCUUCCUGGGAUGGUUGCCUGAAAUGAUGGCUAGUUAUGAGCGAGUGGGGCAAUAUUUGCGAAGUGGUUAUGUGUUCCGGCCGGUGCGUGGGGAUGGUCCAAUGAGCGGAGGGGUUUUUAAUAAGCGUAUAGAGAAGUGGUUUGAAGCGGCUCGGGUUUUUGAGGGGGAGAGUGGUCAUAGUUUUAUAAUAGGAGGGGUACAAGCGGGUAUUGAGGAAGGGUGGAGUUUGGGAGAGAUGAUGCAACAGGGUACGUGGAGUCAGGUAGGGACGUUUAUGCGAUAUGGAUAUGGGAUGAAGCGGGGAUGGAAACGAAGGAGUGAUGGGGAUGAAAAUUGUUAUGAGGCCAAGGAUUCCAGGAUUGAGAAUGAGGUUGCUGACACGGGGGUUGGGGAAGCAGGAGAAGGGGGAGCCUCAUGGGGGGAUGGUGAAUCUGUUGACAAUGUUGAGAUUGAGAAUACGGGGAUACCAGGAGGCCUUCUUGGAUGCGAGUAAGACGAGAAGGCGAGAUAGAGACGGAAAAGAGGAUGCACUGGAAUGUGAUAGUAUUCAUUCUUUAUGUCGAAAUAGGAAAGGAAGUUUUUGGUAGGGGAACCGGAUAGGUGAGCAGUUAAGUCAUCGAUUGUUUCAUAAUGAAAGUUUGGGAAGGUGACAAAAAGAUUGACAAAACGCACAUCCAGAAUAAAUCUAGUUUUUGAUG